UACAGUGUGGCAGCGGCAAGUGGUAUGGUGCGUUUAUAAACUCUGUGCACGUUCUGAAUACUUCAUGUUGUGAAUUUUGUGACCCAUCGUGUUGUCAUGGAACUGUCAUAACGCGUGCAAGCUAUUAGUCAACAUGAUGGCUGGCGUGUUUGACUUGGAGCUGCAUGAUUUCGAAAAUGAGAAAGAUGAUGAAUCGAGCGACGACGCCAUUGAGGUAGAUGAACAGAGCCUGUCCGGGGAACCAAACAUAAAUUCAAUUCUUGACUCGGACGACGUCGAGAAGAUACAGCUCUCUGAACACACGGUAAAUCCGGACCAGGAGAAAACUGGCACGAAAGAUUUUGAGUUGCUCAAGGUUCUCGGCAAAGGCGGCUACGGGAAGGUUUUUCAAGUUCGUAAAUUAACGGGGAAAGAUGUGGGAACCAUCUUUGCGAUGAAGGUACUGAAAAAGGCCACCAUUGUAAGGAACCAAAAGGACACAGCCCAUACCAAGGCAGAACGAAAUAUACUGGAAGUUGUGAAGCACCCUUUUAUUGUGGAUCUAAUCUAUGCCUUCCAAACCGGAGGAAAGUUGUACCUCAUAUUGGAGUAUCUCAGCGGUGGGGAGCUUUUUAUGCAUCUCGAGAGGGAGGGCAUCUUCCUCGAAGACACGGCCAGCUUUUACCUCUCGGAAAUAGUACUUGCACUUGAACACCUUCAUAAGGAAGGCAUCAUCUACCGGGAUCUCAAACCUGAAAACAUUCUUCUAGAUGCUCAAGGUCACGUUAAAUUAACGGACUUCGGACUGUGCAAGGAGUCCAUCCAGGAUGGAGCCAUGACGCACACGUUUUGUGGGACCAUAGAGUACAUGGCUCCUGAGAUAUUGACGAGGACAGGGCAUGCCAAAGCAGUGGACUGGUGGAGCCUGGGGGCACUCAUGUACGACAUGCUAACUGGGGCGCCUCCGUACACUGCAGAAAACAGGAAGAGAACCAUAGAAAAGAUACUGCGCUGUCGCCUCAACCUUCCACCGUAUCUUACCCCAGACGCCCGGGACUUGAUACGAAAACUGCUGAGGAGAAAUGUGCAGCAGAGGUUGGGCAGUGGUGUGGAAGAUGCUAAGGAGGUGAAGAGGCACCUCUUCUUUCGACACGUCGUUUGGGACGACGUGCUUGCACGGCGUGUGGAGCCACCAAUCAAGCCUCAACUGUCGAGUGAUGACGACGUGUCGCAGUUUGACACCAAGUUCACGAAACAGACUCCAAUUGACAGCCCCGAUGAUGCCAUGCUCAGCGAGAGUGUGAAUCAGGUGUUCUUGGGCUUCACCUAUGUUGCGCCGUCAGUGCUGGAAGAGUUGCACAGGCCCAUGGUGGUCAAGGCCAGGUCUCCCAGGAAGCUGACAAACAGCCCUCGUCCACUUUUUAGCCCAUUUACGAAGCGCCAUCCUCACUUUGGCUACAGUCAGAAGCAGUCCAACGGGGCACAGCCUUCCACGUCCCUCGAGGAGCAGAUGGACACUAGUCUUCCCGGUACCAUCCCCGUGCUGGGACAUCACCAUCCGCCGCGCUCCCCCGCGAUUCCCACAAGGAAAAUGGUGGCAAACAAGGAUGUUCCCCUGCUUCCAAGCUGCAUUGAAGAGGAGGUUGGGCACUUGCCCAAAUGCCCGGAACCUAAAUUUACCUAGAGUGUGUGAGCGAACCGUAGAAGAGUGCUGAAUCAGUAACAGGGAAGAGGCGGACACAGUGGUGCUUCCUACACAUCCUCCUCCACGGCUUGCUGGACUCUCUUCCUCGUGUGCCAACUGCGGCAUAGAUGCCGAGCCUAUUAUGCAAGUGCCGCCAUUGUCCUGAGGACUCGAAAACGAAAAGACUGGGGGCAAACGCGGGGUGCCUUGGGACUCGCCUUUGCUGAUGACUACAGUGGUCGCCGUAGAUAGUGCGCACCCUUUAAAAGGAAACCCCGCAGACGAACGUGUGGCAACGACUUCUCCCCGACUUUGCCCCGACUUCUGGAUACUCUGCCUCUUUUCUUUUUUUUUUUUGUUCUAGUGCAUGUGACGAAAUGUUGCGAGUCCUUCGGGGCACAAAGGACCUACAGAAAUUUGUUACCCGAACGCCCUCAUUACGCUGGGAGCGGGGAGUUUUGAACGUGCCUGGUGGGAAAGGGCGACUUGCACCCACACAUUUUUUUUGUACUGUGAACGGUCCAGUGCGGGCGUGGCGGAUUGCGAGUUACGUUUAUAAGUUUGGCAUAUACAAUGCUUCUGUCUGUUCUUCACAUCAUGGAUUUUCUAAUUAUAUAGCGAUUAACUAAUUAUUGCCAAAGUAGGGUGACGAAGCAAUUUGUUUCAUGUUUUUCCACGUUUCCGAUGGUAGGCAGUAACUUAGGUGCGCGUGAUCGUCUGCAAGCAGAGUAUUCUGGAAUAAUUUUGCGAUAUGUCUCCGAGUGCGACCUCCUGUCUGUUCGAAGCUCGAUAUGGAUUAAAAUUGGCUUGGAGAGUUUUCAAAAAAUAGUUUGGGUUAUGCAAGAACGUGGUUGAGCUAUGCUUGCUGUUUUGUUGCGAAGUACUUUUGCCAGCUCCUGCAGUUUUUGCAGUUUUUAAAAGUCUCGAAAGUAAUUGUCGCUAAAAUAGCUGCGUGAAUUUGGGCUUUGUAAUGGAAUAGUAUUCCUCCGUAUUGAAGGAUCCCAUUCCAGUUGCAACACGCGCAAAUUUUCUGUUGUAACAUAUUGCACGUCGCACUGGCGAGAGUUGUGUAUGUCAGGGUUUGUAAUCCUACGACUGCUAUACAGUGUACAGUGGGGGGGGUCAUGGUAUCCAAGAGGUGCUUUGCUGCCUAAUGGAGGCAUUAUUGAAACUUCAAAGGUGCUGUUCUUGUGUAUGCUUGUUCCUCGCAAUAAUGUGUGUCAGUGUUACCGAACGCUUUCCGAGUUCUGGUAACGUAGGGUACAUGCAAAAAAUUGCUCGAUGAGCAUAUCUGGAGAAGCAGGAGAGGCUAUUCUAGGUAGGCAUUUCUGUGAAAUAUCUUUAUGCUGUGCCUGUGUGUUUCCACUCAAACUUGUUGCCAGUAUGAUUAACUUGUCAUGUCGCAUGAGUCGGAGCUCAGACUUCUUGCUGGCUUCUUCAGUCACAUUGUUACCCAUGAACCUUCCCUGCUUUGAUACCUUUUUUUUUUUAUCAUGCUCGUUCUUGCGGUAAUGUUCUUUGUUGUUGAGGAUGACGUUGAUGCUUUUUGUUAGGAAGCUGGAUGGGUACGGCAUUGUUUUUCCAAUUUAGCAUAUGCCAGUACUUGCAAUGCUGGAACCUGUCUAUUUUUUUUUUUUUUUUCUGUUUUUGAAUUUGCAUUUGGUGCAUACAAAUUCAUAUCAUAAAUGGGGCCUUUCUGUAGACUUGAGCAUAUAAGCUGUGCAGUUGCUUGUAUCAAUGCCUUGACACAGCAGUAGCCUCUAAAACGAAAACUUUCGUACAGCACGCGUCACAGGUAGAGAUAACGGGGUCUCCACACAUGGCAGAAGAAUAUUGCAUUUUAAUAUAUUUGAGACGUGUACAUCUUGUUAUAUAUAUUAUAUAUAUAUAAGGAAGUAAGGUUUUACACUUGCUGCAUACAUUUGGUAUGUGCUUUUCCAUAGACUGGCCAAAGCUUCCGUGCUGGUGUGCGAUUAAUCCUGUUGAGAGCCGAAAAAGCAUAAUUGAGUGGCAAUGUUUAAAUAAAAGCGUGAAUGCGAUGUAA